CUCCACCACCCCUGACCUCCAACUUCCACCCCGCACCUCGCACUCCACGUGAAUGGACGAUCCUGAUAUACGAAGCCUCUCGCCCGCCUUCUCGCCAGUCCACACCCAUGGCUGGCGUCUUCCCAUAAGCCGCCGCCGCCGCCGCUGGGUCUCGCGCCUGCCACUCGCCAUACUAGUCCUACUCCUCUGCGCCACCUCCACCUUCGCCCAUGCCAUCCCGGCCGUGCAGCCCGCGCCGGGCGCAACAUCCGCCACGCGCCUCGAUGCCGCUGCUCAACCCGCCGGCGCGCCACCUGCGCCUCUGCUGGCGCAGCGGCCCGCCCUGAGAGAGGCCGUGCAGCAGCUGCUCCUCGCGCAGCCUCUCACUCCACACAGCGACGAUGCGUCGCUCGCCCGCCAGCUCGAGGCGCUGCUCGCCGCGCCCACCGAGCAACGCACACAAUCCGUCCGACGCCAGGAAGCUGCGCCUGCCGCCUGUUCCGCCACGUCCGAGCCGCACCACACGUCGGCCAAGCUGCAGGCGCUCGCCGGCAUCCUCAUUCCCGUGCUCGUCAUUCUCUCCGGCAUCUUUGCCGGCCUCACGCUCGGCUACAUGUCGCUCGACGAGACGCAACUGCAGGUGCUCGCCACGACGGGCACGCCGCAGCAGCGCAUGGAGGCCGAGAAGAUCCUGCCCAUCCGCAAGGACGGCCAUCUGCUGCUGACGACGCUGCUGGUCGCCAACAUGAUUACCAACGAGACGCUGCCCAUUAUCAUCGAUGAGGUCAUUCCUGGAUUCGCCGCCGUGAUCAUCUCCAUCGUGCUCGUCAUCAUCUUCGCCGAGCUGAUCCCGCAGUCGUUCUGCUCGCGCUACGGCCUGCAGGUUGGCGCACGCAUGGCCACGCCGACGCGCAUGAUCAUCUUCCUGCUGUACCCGAUCGCCUGGCCCAUCUCGCGCGUGCUCAACUACGCCCUCGGCCCGCACCACGGCACCAUCUACCGCCGCGCCGAGCUCAAGGAGCUCGUCAAUAUGCACCUGGCGCGGGCACACGGCGGAGCGCACGGCGGAGAUUUGAAGCGCGACGUGGUCACGCUGGUCGGCGGUGCGCUCGACCUGCAGGAGAAGGUCGCACAGCAGGCCAUGACGCCCAUCGCCAACGUGCUGAUGCUGCCGAUCACUGCGCGUCUCGACUACGCCACGCUCGAGCGCAUCGUGCGCAGCGGACACUCGCGCAUUCCCAUCUAUGCCGAGGUCGACGUGCCGGCCGGCCGUGGCGCGGCUGGCCCGCAGAGCGGCAACGUCACGCCGGGGCGCAAGGGCCUCUUCUCUGCACUGGCGCGCAAGGCCAGCUUCGGCCUGCAUUCUGGAGCGCCCAACUCAACGGAGAACUCGCGGCCCUCGUCGCCUGCUCCGGAAGAGCUGGCCGAGGGGCAGAGCGGCAGCGUCGCCACGGUGCGCCGCAAGAAGAUCCUCGGCAUGCUGCUCGUCAAGCAGACGGUGCUGCUGGAUCCCGAGGACGCGACGCCGAUCUCGGAUCUGGUGCUGAACGCGCUGCCGACGGUCGCUGCCGACGAGCCGCUGCUCAACAUUCUCAAUGCUUUCCAAGAGGGCCGCUCGCACAUGGCCAUCGUCUCGAGCCAGCGGCGCCAGCGCGACGCCGACGGAGACGACGAGGACGACCGCGACAGCUCGACCGAUGCGACGGCCGUGUCGGACGCACACGAAGGACACUCGUGGCCUCGUGCACGCAAGCAUCUGGGCGCCAUCGACGAGGAGAAGCAGCUGGGCGGCGAUGCGGCCAGCAGCGGCAGCGGCAGCCACAGUGAUACGGCGAGCCUGCACCGCGGAGACGAAGAAGAUCUUGCUGAGGAGAAGGCAUCCUCGAAGCGCAGCUGGAUGCGUCGUCUGGUCCGAGGCUCGGAGCCUGCCGCACGGCCGCGCCGCAUGGCCUCCCGUCCGAGCGCAGCCGAGGAGCAACAUGCCCUCGAGGCUGUAGCAGACGCUCCCAUCGGCAUCAUCACACUUGAGGACUUGCUCGAGGAGCUGCUCGCCGAGGAGAUCUACGACGAGCACGACAAGGAAGGUGCUGGCUCGGGCCUACGGGACUUCUCGCCGCCGGCCUCGCCCUCGCGGCAAGCCACGGCAGCAAGCGAAGUCACCCCCGCCGAGGCCAGCGAGAAAGUGGCCCUCGCCGCGAACGACGCCCUCGCCGGCGAGGCUCGCACACCUCCGCUUCGCUCUCUCACCUUCCCCUCGGAGGUCGUCAGCACCGCGCCGGGCCGUCUUAGUGCCGCGCUGGCGCUUAGUGCGCCUCGCCGCAUCUCGCAGCGUCGCCGUGCCGCCGUCUCGGACACGGAGCGCGAAGCGGCCUCUGACGGAGACGAUGAGGACACGGCGGACGACUCGGAUGCUCCGGCAGCGCAGGAUCUGGCGCAGUCGUCGGAGCUUCCGCCGCGUGCCUCUGGGCCGGAGAAGGCCAGACGCGCCUCGAGUGCCGAGCCUGGCCCUCGUACUCUUGCUGCUGCUGCACCUGCCGCACGCCAGCGCCGCUCGCAGCGCGGUCGCUCGCUGCUGCGUCGAGCGACCGCAGGUGCUGCUAGUGCGGCCGGAGAGGAGUCGCCGGCACCUGGCGUGGCCCGCAGCAGCAGCGCCGCGAACCUCUCGCCGCUCCCGGUCGUGGCAUCGCCCGCGUCGGGCACCUCGACGCCGAUCCCCGCCGCAGCGCGCGGCGCUCGCUUCAAGAGCACGCCGCUCGUCGCUCCGAAGCAGGAGCAGAAGCUGGGCAGUGUCGCCGGCGCUGAGCCCUCCGCUGGCGCCUCUGCGCAGCCGCCGCCCGGCGGCACCUGACCUCUCGCCUGUCCGUUUCGCGCUGCCAUUGAGAUCGUCUUGCUACUGUGAUGAGACCCGACAUCAGCGGAAUGCAUUGUCGUGGACUGUG